CAUGCUGCCCGCCUCCCUUGCGCGGGUGCGGGCCUGCCGGGAGUGGCGGCGGAUCGUGCCCGGCGGAUGGGCGCUGCUGGGGCCGGGGCCUUGCCCGGGAUGGUGGCAGAGCAUCGGAACGCAGGCCGGGGGGCUGCGAGCUGAGAAAGCCGGCGGUGAGAGCAAACACGUGUCGGUGCAGAGGGCUCAGCGAGAGGAAACUCUGCUAUCAGCUGCUCAGAAAGUGAAAGAAGCUGGAAGAGACUUCACCUAUUUCAUUGUGGUGCUUGUUGGAAUUGGUGUUACAGGUGGUUUGUUCUAUGUGAUUUUUAAAGAGCUGUUCUCUUCUUCUAGUCCAAGUAAGAUCUAUGGAGAUGCCUUGGAGAAAUGCAGAUCUCACCCUGAGGUAGUUGCUGUUUUUGGUGACUCUAUCAAAGGUUAUGGGGAGGCAACAAGAAGAGGAAGACGACAGCUUGUCAGAAUCCUGAGAGAGGGCAACUGGAGGUCCGCUACAUAUUUGUGGAUGUGGACACCUACCCCAGGAGAAUCAUCAUCGUGGAAGACAACAGAGAGACUACGAUCAGAGCUGCUGCUCGCAUGGGGUGAUGCUGCUGGGGGCAGUCUGGACAGCAGCUGUUGGAUGUUCUCAACUUCGUCUUGCAUCUCUGAGGCUGCCUUACAGGAAAUACCUUCUCAGGGCCUCUAUUAAGGUCUUUUAGAAUAACAGCUGCAGGAUUUGAAGUGAAGAUGAUGAAUUAGAGUAGAGCUGUCACAUCUGGCAGAUACUUCUGGCUCGUAAUGAAGAGUUUAAUGCUGGAUAAUGCUUCUGCACACCCAAAAACUCAGUCUUCAAAGACUUUAGGUUUGGAUGGGAAGGUUUUUGUCUUCCUUUGUUUGGAUUUCCCACUAUCAUGGCAAUAAAGAAUGUGGUAUUUUAUGUUUGGACAAACUCACUUUUUUUAUUUUGGGUGACUCGAUAUCCAGAGAUCACUUCCAACCCCUGCCGUUGUGAGAGUGAUGCAGAGGAGAUCUAGGCCAGAGGCAUGCAAGGACAGCAGUUGGGUUAGAGUUAGGAUUUGGGUUGGAAGGGAUCUUGCAGAUCGUAUAGCCCCAUAGGCAGGGACACCUUCCACUAGCCCAGGCUACUCAAGGCCUCACCCAGCCUGGCCU